AUGACUAAUACAAGCGGAGAAACUCGUGCCAAAGAAUCUGCGGCGGCAAUGCCGAGCACGGUGAAAGUUGUCAUAUUCAAAACUCUUGCGAAAUCGGAGGUCGAGGAAAGUGUGGAAGAGAAACUGGAGGAGGAGAAACAAGUGUACACGUUUGAUCACGUGUUCGGAGAGGAGAGCACCCAGCAGGAGGUUUAUGAAAAUGCGAUGGAAGGGUUGAUCGAAAAGUUUUUGGAUGGUUACAAUGUGACCGUCUUAACCUACGGAAAAAGUUCUUCGGGAAAAUCAUACACCCUGG